AUCUGUCGGAAUCUGGACAACUCUCUCUCUCUCUCUCUCUCUCUCUCUCUCACUCUGCUCUUGUCGGUAGGGCUUCGAUUGCGGGAUCCGUGGGUCUGAGGGCGGGCUUCUGUCUCCCAGCCGGAGGAGCGGAAUGAGGCAACACGUCGGCAGGAAGAGACGGGCCUCCGGCGUCGGGUUCCGUCCCGUCGUGCUCAUCUGCGCCAUCUUCGCCGUCUCCAGCCUAUGCAUCAUCUUCACGAGGCCGAUCGACCGGGACGAGCCGGCGGGUCACCGAGAAACUCGUGUCGUUGUCGGCGAGGAGGAGAGGGGGGUUCUGCCGGAGAGCCCGCCGGAGACCGCCGCGGAGGCGGUGAAGGCGCAGCCAUCAUCAUGCGCUACGGUGGAGGAGAUGGGGAAGCAGUUCGAGAGCGGGUCGGGGAAUGAGAGCCUGAGGGUUAGGAGGAUGAUCAGGGACCAUUUUGCCCGAAACGGAGCUGAUAGAGUUCGAGAUCUUCCUCCAGAUAAAUUCUGUAAGCAUGGUUUUGUAAUGGCGAAAGCAUCAGAAGCUGGAAUCGGAAACGAAAUGUACAAGAUAUUGUCUGCUGCGGCACUGAGUUUGAUGCUGAAUCGGUCCUUGAUCAUCGGACAAACCAGGGGUAAGUUCCCCUUCGGGGAUUACAUCACUUACACCAAUCUUUCGUUUACUUUAAGAGAAGUCAAACAUCUUUGGAGACAGAAUAAAUGUAUUCUUAAACAUCGAAGGCAUCUAGUUAUGAGAAUUGAUGAUUUUGAGAAUCCAGCAUCUACAAAUGUCCUCUGCAGCGACUGGAGAAGAUGGAAGGAGCCCAUAAUAUGGUUUCAGGGUACCACAGAUGCUGUUGGAGUUCAGUUUUUCUUGAAGAACGUACAUUCUGAUAUGCAGAAUGCAGCUGCUGUUCUUUUUGGAAAGACGGAGUACCUACAGGGCAGACCAAAUGUGUUUGGAGAGUUGAUGCGGGUUAUUGUUUCUCCUUCACAUGCUGUACAAGAAGCUGUUGGUUGGGUGCUUAACGGCAGAGAUGAACCUGACAUUUCAGUGCACAUGCGCAUGCUUGGGAGCAGACCUGUAAGGGCAAUUCAGGCAUCCUUGCUCUGCAUAAGGAAGGCCUUGCAGAGGUAUCAGCAUCAUAUUGUGAAGCCUAGAGUGGCAUUGGUCUCAGAUACACCUUCGGUUGUCGAGGAGAUCAAGCAAAGCUUGAACGAGUAUGCAGAGGUCAUUCAUUUUGAUUACAAAAUGUUCAAGGGAAAUAUUACCAGUGGCAUCAUUGAGCCAGCAGGCCAGCUCUUAGAGUUCAGACGAAAAGAUUGGGGUCCAAUGCCCAGAUGGGUCGCAUUUGUGGACUUCUUUCUGGCAUCCCGGGCAAAGUAUGCUGUCGUAGCUGGUGCACAUAGACGGGUUGCAACAACAUAUGCACAAUUGCUUUCAGCAUUUGCUGCAGCGCAAUGGCUUGAUGAUGCUGUCUCUGCAGACCCUAGCUUUUCAUUCUUCAGCAGCUUCCACAGCAACCUUUUGGCUGGUGGCUUGGCAGAUCAAGUAGGCUGGGGCCACGCAUGGAACAGAUUUGCAGGCCCCAAAAGUUGUCGUAACCAGACUCGCCAGUGUGCUUUCACGCCUCUUCUCCCGUCUGCCUGGUGGGAUGCUCCUUGGCAGUCGCCCAUUUCACGGGACGUUCGGAGGUUACAAACAUAUGGUGUUCACUUGACAGAUUCAGGCAAAGUCGAUGAGGGCCAGCUCUUGUCUUUCUGUAGAUCUAGAAAAGAUACUGUAAAGGUGGUCUCCUUCACAAACUUUUGUACUUCUCUGUCGGAUCACUGCUGUGAGCUGCUGCAGCUCCCUCCCUCCCUCAGGAAGCAAAUGAGUAGGAUUUUUGGUACGAGUUUCUGUCAUUUUUUGGCUGCAUUGGAUUGAAUUCUAACCCAAAUUUCUAUGU